GUGAAAGCAGUAAGAUGAGGUGAGGAUCCCAUGACCUUUGCUAGCAGAAGGGGAAUAAUGGUAGAGCCAAAUUGAGGGGAGAGUUGACAAGCAAUGUACUGAAGUUCUUAGUAUUUGGGUCUUGGAGUGUCACUUAAACAUCUCCUCUGAGACUAUCUUUCAUGAUUUUAGUAUAGCAUAGUGAUUAAGUAGGUAGGCUCUGGAUUUUGAAUCCUGGCUAAGUGACCUUGGGCUAGUUACUUAACCUCUCUGUGCCUCAGGCUCCUCAUCUGUAAAAUGGGAAUAAAAUAGUGCCAACAUUAUAGGCUUGGUUUUAAGAAGAUGAAUGGGUUAAGGAAUAUAAAAUAGAAAGUACCUGGUAUAUAGUAACUGCCUAAUAAAUAUUAGCUUGCUUGAACAUCUGAUGUCUCUCUCUCUACAUGUAUGUGUGUAUGUGAGUAAAAUUAAUGUGUUGGGCAUAUCCUUUCUUGUUGUCCUAGAGCUAAGUCAAACAAAGAAAAUAAUGCUUUUGAGGAUGAAAUGAGGUAAUACAUGUAAUGCAUUUAGCUUAGUGGCAAAUGAAUAUUAGAUGAAUAGCAGUUAAAAGUACUACUAUUUCCACCAAAUAUUAUCAUGAAGAAAAUUAUUUUCCUAUGGAAAUCCUUUAUGUUCAUAAAGUGUUCAUACUCAACUAUUUUAUACCAGGUGCUGUAUUAGGCACAUUAUCCCCUUUAACCUUUGCAAAAACUGCCUGAAAUAAGGAUUGUUAACCACCCCUUACAGACAAGGAAGCUGACAAUUAUACAUUCCCAAGAACACACAGCCAGCAAAUGGCAGAGCUGGGAUUUGAGCUCUUCCACCCACCCCCAACAUUGAACUACCUUUUAUUAUAAGAACAAUUAUUCCAUGAAUGAUGUGUAAAUGUAGACAUUGACAUAUGGUUUCUUAAAUCAUCCUCCAGUGGGAUUAGGUGUCUACAAAAAGCCUUGGGGAGUACAGAGGUAUGGCGGGCUUCUAGAACAGAUCAGGGCUCUGGUGUCAGACAGGUAGCCUGCACCAGGAGUCAGGAGCAUUCUAUGGGUGGGAGAGGCUGGGGGUGAGUCAGCACCUUCCUUCAGUGAUGCAGCCCUACAGGCCUUAUCAGAACCUUUCAGUCACAGAAGGGAGUUUGUCUGGGACCUUUCUUGGUUGACUCAGCCCAGUGAGGCAGCCGCUUGUCUUUCCCUGGGCCUGGGUGUGCUGGAGGAGCAGAGCUGACAGGGUUCAAAUCCCAGCUCCACCAUCUAAGUACCGGUCAUGCAAAGCCAAGAUAGGAGUUAGUUGCUUUGUGCCUCAAUUUUGUUGUCUCUGAACCCAUUUCAUAGGCUCAUUAUGAGAAUUAAAUGAAAUGAGACUUGCAAACACUUAGAACAGUGCCUGGCACAUAGCAAGCACUCAGAAAGAGUUAUUAUUAUGCUGCAAAGCCUUCCUGACCUCUGAGGUCUGUAAAAAAUGUCCCAACCUCUCUGCAUGAUCACUCCUUUACCACAUUUUGUUUUGUUGUACCCUGUAGAUGUAGGCAUAGCUCUCCAUUUCACUAGGUUGUGAGUGCUUAAGAACAGGGAAUAGGUAUCGAUCAAUGUUUUGUUUGUUUUGUUUUUUUAAAUCCCUGGAUACGUGUGCCUUGAAUUAGAAGGUGUUGAAAGUCUGCCAAACCAAGUUGAUUCCCAGUUCUCUGAAACAGGCCCCCUCCUGCCCAUCCCAGAAAGCUUUGGUCUAGAGGCUCAGAUUGACUGUUCCCCCAAUCCCCCUCAUUAUUUCCCCUUUAGUGCUUUUUCUGAAGAGGGCUUGGGAGGAGGCCUGUGACCGACAUCUUUCUACAGUUCUGCUUUUAUCUUCCUCCCUCCUCCAGGUCCUGUACCUUCCAGACUAAGCUCGUGGUGAUGAGUUUGACCUGAGCGGACUUUCAGAGUUGCUUAAGAACAUGGCAACCUGUGCCUGACUCCGUCCUGCAAGGAGGUGAUUUCAGCCUUCGCAAUGCCUAUGAAGCACGUGUGACAUUUCUCCAGGAACUUCAUGGUGUUUUCCUCAGUCCUCUCCACGCCACUGCUCCACACAGCUUCUGAAACAUGGGGGAGAAUGAGGAUGAGAAGCAGACCCAGGCUGGGCAGGUUUUUGAGAACUUCGUCCAGGCUCCCACAUGCAAAGGCACCCUCCACGCCUUCAACAUCCUCACACGACACUUGGACCUAGAUCCUUCGGACCACAGAAACUUCUAUUCCAAGCUCAAAUCCAAGGUGACCACCUGGAAGGCCAAAGCCCUGUGGUACAAAUUGGACAAGCGUGGAUCCCACAAAGAGUAUAAGCGAGGGAAGUCGUGUGUGAACACCAAGUGUCUCAUCAUCGGAGGAGGACCAUGUGGCUUGCGCACUGCCAUUGAACUUGCCUACCUGGGGGCUAAAGUGGUUGUGGUAGAGAAGAGAGACACCUUCUCCCGGAACAACGUGCUGCACCUCUGGCCUUUCACCAUCCAUGACCUGCGGGGCCUGGGAGCCAAGAAGUUCUACGGGAAGUUCUGUGCUGGCUCCAUCGACCAUAUCAGUAUUCGUCAGCUGCAGCUCAUCCUAUUCAAGGUGGCCCUGUUGUUGGGAGUUGAAAUUCAUGUGAAUGUGGAGUUUGUGAAGGUUUUAGAGCCUCCUGAAGAUCAAGAAAAUAAAAAAAUUGGCUGGCGGGCAGAAUAUCUCCCUGCAGACCACUCUCUGUCAGAGUUUGAGUUUGAUGUCAUCAUUGGCGCUGACGGCCGCCGGAACACCCUGGAAGGGUUCAGAAGAAAAGAAUUCCGUGGGAAGUUGGCUAUUGCAAUCACAGCCAACUUCAUAAACAGAAACAGCACAGCUGAGGCCAAGGUGGAGGAGAUUAGCGGUGUGGCUUUCAUCUUCAAUCAGAAAUUUUUUCAGGACCUUAAAGAAGAAACAGGGAUUGAUCUUGAGAACAUUGUUUACUACAAGGACUGCACCCACUAUUUUGUCAUGACAGCCAAGAAGCAGAGCCUGCUUGACAAAGGGGUCAUCAUUAAUGAUUACACUGACACAGAGAUGCUGCUAUGUGCGGAGAACGUGCACCAGGAAAACCUGCUCUCCUAUGCCCGAGAAGCUGCAGACUUUGCCACUAAUUACCAGCUGCCAUCUUUAGACUUUGCCAUGAACCAUUAUGGGCAGCCUGAUGUGGCCAUGUUUGACUUCACCUCCAUGUACGCCUCCGAGAAUGCUGCCCUGGUGCGCGAGCGGCAUUCACACCAUCUUCUCGUGGCCCUCGUGGGUGACAGCUUGCUUGAGCCAUUUUGGCCCAUGGGCACAGGCUGUGCCCGUGGUUUCCUGGCAGCCUUUGAUACCGCCUGGAUGGUGAAGAGCUGGGACCAGGGAACUCUUCCCCUGGAGCUGCUGGCUGAAAGAGAAAGUCUUUACCGGCUGUUACCUCAAACAACCCCAGAGAACAUCAGCAAGAACUUUGAACAAUACACAUUGGACCCGGGGACACGGUACCCUAACCUCAACUCACACGGUGUCCGGCCCAAUCAGGUGAAGCAUUUGUAUAUCACCACGGAGCUGCACCACUACCCUCUUGAGAGAGUGGGCUCCAUCAGAAGAUCCGUUGGCCUCUCCAGGCAGGAGUCAGACGUCCGGCCCAGCAAGCUCUUAACCUGGUGCCAGCAGCAGACUGAGGGCUACCGGCACGUCACCAUCACCGACCUGACUACAUCCUGGCGUAGCGGCCUGGCCCUGUGUGCCAUCAUCCACCGCUUCCGGCCUGAGCUCAUCAACUUUGACUCUUUGAAUGAGGAUGAUGCUGUAGAGAACAACCAGCUGGCAUUUGAUGUGGCCGAGCGUGAGUUCGGGAUCCCCCCAGUGACCACUGGCAAGGGGAUGGCGUCCACCCGAGAGCCCGACAAGCUCAACAUGGUCAUGUACCUCUCUAAGUUCUACGAGCUCUUCCGGGGCACUCCGCUGAGGGCUGUGGAUUCUUGGGGCAAAAACCAUGGAAAAACUGAACUCAGCUUCACCAAAUCAUCCAUUCCUAAUAACUAUCUCAACCUCACGCUUCCAAGGAAGAGGACUCCACGAGUGGAUGGCCAAACUGAAGAGAAUGACAUGAACAAACGGAGGCGGAAAGGCUUCAAUAAUCUGGAUGAGCCUUCAAACUUUUCCAGUAAGAGUGUGGGCUGUGAUCUAGAGUGUGGCAGCAUUAAAGAAGGUGGGAAUCAGAACAAAGUCAAGUCCAUGGCAAACCAGCUGCUGGCCAAGUUUGAGGAGAACGCUCGCAACCCUUCACUCCUGAAGCAGGAACGCCGUGUCUCGGGGAUAGGUAAGCCUGUUCUGUGCUCUUCCCCUGAGCCUCCUGUUAAGUCUUGCUGCCCCAGGCUGGAGAACCCCACACCCCACCCAUCACCUCCUCUGAAAAGGCAGUUCCCCUUAGAGGUUGUGACUGGGCACAUACUCAGAGAGCUAAAGCAAAUGUCUGCUGGCGGCGAGUGCCCAAGCAGGCCCUGGAGAGCCAGAGCCCAUUCUGACCUGCAGUUGGGUGGGUUAGAAAGCCCCACUGCCCCAUCUCCUACCUGCCAGGGAGCACUGGCACUUUCUGGGGUGCUGCAGCGACUGCAACAAGUGGAGGAGCAGAUUCUCCAGAAGAGGGCUCAGAACUUGGCCAACAGGGAAUUUCACAAAAAGAACAUUAAGGAGAAGGCAGCUCACCUUGCCUCCAUGUUUGGACACGAGGAUUUCCCACAGAAUAAACUACUCUCUAAAGGCCUGUCUCAUACUCAUCCUUCGUCUUCUCCCUCUUGCCUUCCAUCUCCUGAUCCAGCUGCUACUUCCUCUCCAUCAACUGUUGACGCUGCUUCUCCUGCCAGAAAGCUGACAGUAGGGAAAGUGUCCAGCGGAAUAGGGGCUGCAGCUGAAGUCCUGGUCAAUCUGUACAUGAAUGAUCACAGACCUAAGACCCAGGCCGCCUCUCCAGACCUGGAAUCCAUGCGAAGGGUGAUCCCCCUGAAUCUGGGGGGCAGCGACACCUGUCACUUCUGUAAGAAGCGCGUGUAUGUGAUGGAGCGGCUGAGCGCCGAGGGCCACUUCUUCCACCGCGAGUGUUUCCGCUGCACCAUCUGCACCACCACCCUGCGUCUGGCCACCUAUGCCUUCGACUGUGAUGAAGGCAGAUUUUAUUGCAAGUCUCAUUUCGUUCACUGCAAAAGCAAUAUCAAGCAACGGAAGAGAAGGGCAGAAUUGAAGCAACAAAGAGAGGAAAACGAGCGGUGGAAAGAGCAGGAAGCCCCUCCGCGAGACCCUCCCGCCGAAAGCUCUUGCGCAGCUGCAGCCAUUGGUACGCCCGAAGGCAGCCCCCCAGGUAUCACCACUUCCUUCUUUAGGAAGGUGCUAAGCUGGCCUCUCAGGGUGCCGAGGGACCUGCGUGACGUUCCCCGGAGGCUGCGUCACUGGAUGCAGGGGCUCCUGCACAACGCCCGCGUCCAUAUCAGGGACAAUGCGUACAACUACUGCUACACGUACGAGCUCCUGAGCCUCGGGCUGCCGCUGCUCUGGGCCUUCUCUGAGGUCCUGGCCUCCAUGUACCGGGAGUCCGACGCUUCCCUUGACAGCAUCCGCAGCUGGAUGCUCAGGUGCUUCCCGGUGAAGCUCCGCUGAAGCCCCUGGCCUGCCCACAAGUGCCUUCACAUUUCCAGAGUUGAGACUGGCGUGCUCGCCUACGCCUUCUUUAACCAAUUAACUCAAAGCCAAAGAGUUUCACGUUAGCCACCUCUGCCUGGCCUUGUCAGGGUGAACGUCUGCUCACCAUGCUAGGACCAGGGACGACAUGAAGGAUGUUUUUAUAGCUUUGUACUUUUUUUAAAUGCUUAAAACGAGCCAUAUUUCUGGGUUUACAUUUCAAUUUUUAACUUUGAAUAAGCCACGGGAAAGCAUUUUUCCUGUGAGUGUCAAUUUUUCUACACACAGGUUUGAAGUUUAUGGCUGGUAGUACAGACCCCUUCAGCAUUGCAGUGAGUUGUAAUAGCCACUGCCUGCAUAGUUAGCAAUUUGGGAUAUUAUAUAAACAAAAGUGAAAAUGCCAUCUCCUGACCAGUGCCUUUAAAUUUAUGUAGCCGGAUGCCACUUGUCAGCAGGGGCAAUUUUUGCAACGUGAAAGCGUACUUCUUUUAGAAGAACAGAGUAGAAAGGCAGAAUGGAAGUAAACUUACAAAAGCUCAUGGGAGCAUGUAGUUGGCUGUAAUCUGUCCUCUCAGAAGAAGGACUGUUUUACUCCCUUGGUUUGAUAUAAAAUACUAGCUUCAAGGUUUUUUUCCUCCCCAUUCCAAAUCCCAGCCAAAUGAUAUAGAACCACAGGGUUUGAACCAGAUUGCUACAGAUAUACACUUCCCCUUCCACUAAUGAGCAUUGCAGUGAGAGCUCAUGGGCACUUGACCACUGGGAGCCCUGUCAGGCAAUGCAGUGCUGAAGAGGGGCUGUUUCAGCUGGUAGCAUUUUAACCCCGGGGGCUCCCUUUUUAGGACCCCCAGCCCUGGCUGCAGGCUGAGCCACGGCCACACAGGGCCCAUACCAUCCGACUAAGCAGAAGAGUCUGCCUUCUCACACACACCCUUUGUGACUGAGGAUGUUUGUCAAUAGUUCAGGGUGUUGCUGGGAAGCAUGGCCUGCUCAGUGAGCCUCGCCUGCAGACAUCCUGGCUGCUCAGCCGCUCAGCUGCCAUGACUAUUUAGUCAAAACAGUCAGAAACCAUUUUCACACCAUCUUAGGAAAGAAAUGUAUCUGACCUCCAGGGGGAAGUUUCACUGUGUCUUGACUGUCAGGGAAGGUUGGGAGUUGAAGCUGCUUAUUGACUGAUUCAAAGGAAAUAUGCCCUAUUAAGGGCAAAAAAAUGGGCAUUGGGUCUACCUGCCUUCUUCCCCUGGGUGUCUGGAAGAGUCCUGGGCUCUCCCCACCCCACUCUGCCUGGACAUGCGCUAUGGCAAGGUCUGGUUGAAUAAUUGAGAGGCUGAUAGACAAAGGCCUUCUACUGUGCUAAGUGCAUCCAGAGUUUCUGGACCUAAGAUAGUUCUUUGCAGCUGCCAUCACUAGAGCUUUCCUCUAGAUGAAGUAAGAAUGGAGCCUGGUGUGGGUCAGGAGCCAGAGGUCUGGGGAGCUUUGAGGUGAUGAGUUUUAUAGGCGGGGAGGGGGAGUUUCUACCAACACUUUAUUGCAAUCCUCGGGGCAUGACCCAAGUCAUGGGAACCGGUGCCUCUGGCCUUGUUGAAACUGUUUGCACGCUGAUGACAUGCAUUGCAUCUUUGCCCAAUUUUUACUGGAAUUUUGAUGUUCUGCAUAGUGGGAGGAACCCUUGACUCAUUUUAUGUUUCAUUAUAGAAAGUAAAUUCUUGAGAUCAUGAUGUUAACUCAUGCACAGCUUGUCAUGGUUACUGUUAUGAUCGUCAGCUCAGGGUGGGCUGAGAUGCUUUGUGUAAUGCUCCGUGAAGCCAGAGUUAGUGUAUCUAAUAAUGUCACUUAUGGCCAGGAGGAGACUGGUUUCAGUUACUCUAGUGAAAUGGGGUGUGCCUGUCGGAAGCCUGAGAUGUUUGUUUACUCUGAGACCUUGAACCUUCCUGGUGGGCAGCACCAAAACACAUGGGUGGUCCUGGGUGGUGGCGGGGAGGUGAGCCCCUCCAAGCCUCUAAAGCAUAUUCAAGAGUGAACAUGAGACACUUGGGUAAAAUUGAGGCAGAGAGAAUAUUGGGAGUCAGGGUGCUCUGAGGCCAUUUGAUCUCUGAAUAGAGUAUAUGGAUUGUUGUCCUAUGCAAACUACAUUCAUCCACUCUAUUAUAAAUAAGCAGCUGGUCACUACCAGAAAGGUUCAUCUCCCUUAAGUAAACAGUAACUUGUUGGGAGAAGUUUCCCUUUUUUUAAAUGGUUGCCUUAUUUUCAACACCCGUGCCUUCCAUGUUGUCAGUCAUUUUUCUUUUUUCUACCAAACUAAGUUCUCUUUUCUGCCUUUCUCUCUCUUUCCAACCCUUACACUGCGGCCGUCAGUCCGUUUCAGCCUUCCAGUGCUACACCCACUUCUUGGCUGACACACUUCUGCUCUGAGGUGACUGGUUUUCUUGCCAAUUUCCAGGAGUGGUACUAACCCCUAACUUGCUUUCUGCACCGCGCCCCUCCCUCCUAUGGCACCGGUUGCGCUGUGAGUGUCAUGCACGCUAAUGGACUCGUUCAGUGGCAUAGUCGUUAACAAUACGGGGUGGGGUUCAGCUGGAAAGCUGUUUCUGAUUCCAUCUCCCUCCCAGCGGGCACCUCCAAGUGCCCACAUGCAUGCCCCACCUCUCCUCCAUACCUCAGCUGGCCUGUGUGCAUGCUUUUGCAGUUUUGUCUACAAAGCUACUUACCUUCUUGGGAAGGUUAACUCUGCCUGAUUGGAGACAGUUCCAUAGAGGGGCCUCCGUCACCUUUGAAAUGUAUGCUUUUGUCUAGAGGCCUCUGACAAAGCUCAUUCAUGACAGUGUCUUCUUAAGUUGGUUCUAAUACAAAGAUUAUUAAUGUCAUUGAUCAAACCAUAGAUGACUCUUUUUGAGGGGAUUAAAAAAAAAGCAUACUGCCAGGCUUCAUCACAAACUUGAUCCCUGCUCUUUAGACUGAACACAUAAUUCCAAUUAUUCUAGCAAAUCCUUUCUUUGCCCUAGCCUAUGCAAUCGAUGCAAGGGUUUUGCUGUAGCUCCUCUCAUCUCCCUUGGCUCAUAAAGCCCCAGAUGAUGUGGAAGCUUCAACGAUGGCAAACCUUGUCACAGGUAAGGGAUGUCUGAGAAAUGAGUCAGUUCAGCUCCAAACCUGGACUGGCCAAUUUAAAUGCCCCUGUAGCUCUGCUCAAAACAUUUUCCUGCUGAUUCCUUUACCUGGAGUAGCAGAACAAUCAAAGUGCUUUUCAAGAGAAGCAACACACCAAGUAGGGAGAGCAUCAUAGGCCAGACCUCACCUGUCCCAGCUGCAGUUGUUUUCUGUCCUGCAUGUGGCGCAGGCCACCCUGACCUCUCAGCCUGUGUUCACAGCCCUGCAUGCUGCAUCCUUUGCUGCACUGGUGCAGAGCCACGCCAGUAAGAAGUCGUUGCUCUUGUCUUAUCUUUUGUUGCAGAGCCUCCCUCCCUUUAUAGAAUGUCAACCAAAGCGUGCCCUCCUCCCUGCUCAGCCUCCUCUUUAGCUAGCCUCCCCAUCUCAUAGCAAGACAUGUUUGUGACCCCCGGUGAUCAUUUACAGUGCCACACAAUACCCUGUAUUUUGCACACAGCAAACAAUGUUUAGCUUUAUUUAUGGUAUUUGAUGCUGUAAAUGGAAAUAAACAUGAUUCUUUAUAAA